CUCAUCCUCCAAGCGAUUGAUUGUGGUCAUAAUACGAUCUUACAACGGUUUUUACGAGGAAAUGCGCACCUAGGGAGGUUCUUUGAUAUUGCGAUAGGAUCGCAGCCAGGUUUCUACUUUGUGGAAGCAUCGCAGGGUCACCAUCACUUCACCACCACUGGAGUAUUUCUAACUUGCGCCAACGACUUGUCGCAUGCCAUUACAUCAACGAUCACAUUCAACAAGAACAAGGAUCGAGAGGUCUUUAUCCCUGAAUAGACGCUGAAAGAUCCUCUCGAGAGGCUUGGCUACGAAGCCAGCCGCCCCUACAUCUCGCGACCAUGGCGGACCAAAAGCUCGUGUGGAACGCCGACAACGUUCGCGAUGUCGCAGAGUCCGUCGGGAUAUCACAACUGGGUGAAGAGGCCGUGAGGGCGCUAUCGCAGGAAGUUGAAUACCGCGUGGGCCAGGUUAUUGUGGAGGCGACGCGAUUCAUGCAGCAGGGGAAACGGACUGUGCUGGGGACGCAGGAUAUAUCACAGGCCUUGAAGGUGUUGGAUGUUGAGCCUCUGUAUGGCUAUGAAUCUACUCGACCCCUCAGGUUUGGUGAAGCUUCGCUGGGACCGGGACAACCUCUUUUCUAUAUUGAGGAUGAGGAGGUGGAUUUUGAGAAACUCAUUAAUGCGCCUUUGCCCAAGGUGCCAAGGGACAUUUCAUUCACUGCACACUGGCUCGCCGUGGAAGGAGUCCAACCCUCAAUACCCCAAAAUCCGACGACCGCUGAAGCAAGGACACAAGAGCUGGUCCCCAAGGGCGCAAACGCCAACCCUACCCUGACCGCUCUCACCGGCAACGACAAUGUCGGCUUCAAGCCCCAAGUCAAGCACAUCCUCUCCAAAGAGCUAAUGCUCUACUUCGAGAAGAUCCGCACUGCAAUCCUCGACACCGACCCCGAUGACGACGUCGUCCGCCUCCGUGUCGCCGCUCUCGCCAGCGUCGAAAACGACGAGUCCCUCCAGCAACUCGUGCCGUACUUCGUGCAGUUCAUCGCUGAGAAGGUGACACAUAACACGAAGAACAUCUUCGUCCUGCAGACAAUGAUGGAGCUUGCCUCUGCGCUCACAAGGAAUGAACGCCUCUUCAUCGACCCUUACACCACGACCCUCUGCUCCUCUGUACUUACAUGCCUCGUCGGUCGUGGUCUCACAAACGCCACUCCUGUAGAAGUCAAGGACCACUACAAGCUUCGCGAGUUCUCUGCAUCUCUCCUCGGACACAUCGCGAAGAAAUACGCCAAGUCUAGCCAGCAGCUCAAGCCGCGCCUGGCACGCACUGUCCUCAAGUACUUCCUCAACCCCAAGAAGCCGCUCGACCAGCACUACGGCGCCAUCAGCGGCUUGGUCGCAGUGGGUGGUCCGGAGUCGGUGCGCAUGCUUAUCAUUCCCAAUCUGAAAGCGUACAACUCGGUGUUGGCCAAGGGACAGACCGAGAGUCCCCUCGAUGCGGAGAUGGUCGUCGCUGCUCUUAUGAAGGCAAUUAGGACUCUGGAGGAGGACGCAGCGGUUCUGGCGAAUGGGAAUGGAAACGGUAUUGAGGAGUUGUCGGCGCAGGUGGAGGAGCUUGUGGGGCCUAUUAUUGGUGGGCAGAUCAGUAAGCUCGGUGAUCAUAAGCUUGAGAAGGCGAUUCUGGAGUGUCGGUCAUGAGUGGGCAAUGGAAACGUUAGGGGAAGGCGAAGGAGCAUGUUAUGGCGUGCGGAGUUUGGGGGGGUUGGUGCAAAAAGCACUUUGAUACACACAGGAAUAGGGAUAGGGGGAUGAAAGUCGGCCUGAAAUUAUAUGCUAGUCUCUUCCGUAAUACACCCAAAAUAUUCACGUUUAC